AUGCGGACGGUGUCGCUCAGCGCCGCGGCGCUGACACUGCUGGCGAGCCGUCGUGUCGACGCCGCCGCCGUGGGUAAUGAUGGAAACGCCCCUGGGCCCAUCAUGGGCUUCGCCAACGCCGUAGCUGGCGACGGCUUCCUCGCACUGCCAGUCGGGACCGUGGCGCGGCCGCCCCGACCGCAAAACGCAAAGGGCAGGCGAGCGAAUGCAUUUGAGGACCAGCUGAAGAACAUGGACUUCUUCUAUGCCACAGAUGUCAACAUCGGCUCGCCCGCGCAAAAGGUGACGGUUCUCGUCGACACGGGGUCCAGCGAACUAUGGGUCAACCCGGACUGCACGACCGCGCCGACGCAGCAGCAGUAUCGCCAAUGUCUCAACUUUGGCAAAUACGACCCCCGCAAGUCCAAGACGCCGCCCGUCGGGCCUUUUGGCAGUGAAGAGAUCAACUAUGGCGACCCGACGGACCAGUCCACGCAGACGUCGGUCAAGAUCCGCUACUACGCCGACACGGUAGCCCUCGGCCAGGCCAAGAUCACGAACCAGACCUUCGGCGUCGUGUCCGAGAGCGAGGGCCAGUCGCAGGGCAUCAUGGGCCUUGCGCCUGACCUGCGAGGCGGGUUCGAUGCCGAAGGCCCGUACAGCCUCCUGCUCAACACCAUGGCAAAGCAGGGCGUCAUUGCCAGCCGCGUGUUUGCCAUGGACCUGCGGCACUCCGACUCCGAGUACGGCGCCAUCAUCUACGGCGGCCUCGACAAGAGCAAGUUCAUCGGCACUCUUGAGAAGCGGCCGAUUGUGCGCGGCCUGAAGAACGAGUACCGCCUUGCCGUCGAGCUGAGCACCGUCGGCGUGACGCUCAAGUCGUCACGGAACUUCAAGGUCGCCGGCAAGGACGCCAACGUGAUGCUCGACUCGGGCACCACGCUCUCGCGCAUGCACUCGGCCGUCGCGCUGCCCAUCCUCCAAGCCCUGGACGCCCAGGACGACGGCGAGGGCUACUACCAGGUGCCCUGCUCGAUGCGCAGCAGCGGCGGCAGCGUCGACUUUGGCUUCGGUAGCAAGACGGUGCGCGUGCCGCUCAAGGACUUCAUCAUGGACCUGGCGGGCUCGACGCGCGUCUGCUACGUCGGCAUGGUCCUCACCACGGACCAGCAGAUUCUCGGCGACUCGGUCCUGCGGGCGGGUUACUUCGUCUUCGACUGGGACAACGAGGCCGUCCACAUCGGCCAGGCGGCCAACUGCGGCAAGAACGACAUCGUCGCUGUCAGCUCGGGCACCAGCGCCGUGCCCGCCGUGACGGGUAACUGCAAGGAGAGCGACGCGGCCUUCACUGGAGGGUCAGCAGUGCCUACCCGGACCCGAAGCGGCAGCCUCCCGACCUCGGCCUACACGACGGUAUACACCAUCACUUCGUGCCCCGGCUUCGACCGCUCCUGCUCGACCGGCGCCGUGACGACGCAGACGGUCGAGGCGGCGCCCACCGCCACCGGCGACGGCAGCGGCAGCGGCACCGGAAAAGUCUGCCCCCAAAAUUGGCGACAAUUGCAGAGCCGCCCAUCUCAAUCUUGCUCGAGAUGUGUAUAA